AUGUCUCCCAGCGCGCUUGAGACUCCUACCACCGUUCCUACCAACGCCGCCGCCGAGACCUCUUCGACAUAUCUCAAUACACAGCCGGGCCCUGACCAUGACUGGAGAAUCACCUUGAAGGAUAAGGUUAUUGCUAUCACCGGUGCCAACAGGGGCAUCGGGCUAGGCAUCGCAGAGGUCUGUCUAGCCAACGACGCCGCUGCCGUCUUCAGUCUCGACCUCUUUGAGCCUGGGGACGAGUUCCUCGCUGUGCAAACCGCCAACCCCAAACGUUUCAGCUACAUCAACUGCGACGUCACCUCUGAGGAGAGCAUCACCUCGGCCAUCGACUCAAUCAUCUCUAAGCGAGGUGCCAUCCACGGCCUUGUUGCCAACGCUGGAAUGACAAAGCAUCAACCGGCGCUCGACUUUGAUCGCGCCCAGCUGGACAAGCUCUUCAACCUUAAUGUGUUUGGAGCCUACUUCUGCGCCACAGCUGCCGCACGGCGGUUCAUCGAGCUGGGUAUUAAGGGCUCCAUCGUCUUCACAGCAUCCAUGACUUCCUACCGCCCCAACCGUGCGGCACCAUCAGCUCCGUACGGGGCCACUAAAGGUGCUGUGCGAAACAUGACGCAUACUCUAGCCAUGGAGUGGGCCAAACACGGGAUCCGUGUCAACUCGAUCUCGCCUGGUUUCGUCAAGACAGCCAUGACAUACUUCGUGGACCAGACGCCAGAUUGGGGUCUCAAGAUGCAGUACUAUGGUGGAAUGCCGAGAUUGGCUGAUCCGAAGGAGCUCGGGGGUGCGUACGUGUACUUGCUCUCAGAUGGGGCUUCUUAUACGACUGGGAUCGAUAUCCCCGUUGCGGGUAUCGUAGGGGCUUGGUGA